AUGCGGUCACAGAAACAGAUCGCCGCGUCACUGCGGAGGGCUUCGGCAGCCUUGUCCCACGCAUCUUCCAACUCCGCGACGUCACAAUCGUCCAGAACUGGUGUGGUAGCUGGACUGCGGUUAUCUCGACCUCAACCACAACAGCAACGAUGCCUACACGAACAGGCGCCCCGGCGUAGCGGUGCUUCCAACCCAGCUAUGGCCUUCCCAUGCCUUGACGCCCUCGAAACCCGGUCCGAAACCCUCAAGAAGCGCUCCGACUCGAGCGGCCCUGAGCCAUCCUAUGUUGCCGGUGCCACACAGACCUUCCAUUGCGACGAUCCCCUACUUCUCGACUGGGGUGGCAUGCUCCCCGAGUUCGACAUGGCCUACGAAUCGUGGGGCGAGAUGAACGCCGACAAGUCCAACGUUAUCUUAUUACACACGGGUCUUUCAGCCUCAUCCCACGCCCACUCGACGCCAGCCAACCCCCAGCCCGGAUGGUGGGAGAAGUUCAUCGGGCCCGGCCUGUCCCUCGACACCGACAAAUACCACAUAAUUUGCACGAAUGUCAUCGGCGGCUGCUACGGCUCAACGGGACCGAGUAGCAUCGACCCGGCCGAUGGCCAGCGGUAUGCCACCAGGUUCCCCAUACUUACGCUGGAGGAUAUGGUGCGGGCCCAGUUCCGUCUGUUGGACAACCUGGGAGUCAACAAGCUGUACGCUAGUGUAGGGUCCAGUAUGGGCGGCAUGCAAUCGCUCGCUGCCGGCGUGCUAUUCCCCGAACGUGUUGGACGGAUCGUCUCCAUCAGUGGCUGCGCCCGGAGUCACCCAUACAGCAUUGCGAUGCGUCACACACAGCGACAAGUCCUCAUGAUGGACCCCAACUGGAACCGAGGAUUCUACUAUGACAACGUCCCUCCACACGCUGGCAUGAAGUUGGCGCGCGAGAUUGCGACCGUCACGUACCGGUCAGGUCCGGAGUGGGAGCUGAGAUUCGGCCGUAGGAGGGCAGAUCCCAGCAAGCCACCCGCUCUUUGCCCGGACUUCCUUAUCGAGACCUACCUGGACCACGCGGGAGAAAAGUUCUGCCUGACCUACGACCCCAACAGUUUGCUGUACGUCAGCAAGGCCAUGGAUCUCUUCGAUCUUGGUCAAUCAUGCCAAAAGGCGGCGGCCGUCAGACGGGCUGAGCGGUUGGAGUCGAUCAAAAAGGGAGUGUACGCAUCGAAUGGAAACGCGUCCUGCAGUUUGACGCUGCCGGACAAGCCCUACGAGGAGCAAGUCGAGUCUGCAGGCGAGGUACAGCCCGAUAGCAAGUCGGCCGCCCGGUCAGACUCGUCCAACAAGCCACCCGAGGAUUUGAUCCAGGGUUUGUCUGCCUUGCGGGACCACCCGGCGCUGGUCAUGGGUGUGGCCAGCGAUAUCCUGUUCCCGGCAUGGCAGCAGCGCGAGAUUGCCGAUGCGCUGAGGUUGACCGGAAACCGGAACGUGGCGCAUUACGAGCUGAACGAAGAGCAGAGCAUGUUUGGUCAUGACACGUUCUUGUUGGACGUGAAGAAUGUGGGAGGAGCUAUCAAGAACUUUUUGCAAUAA